CGUGCGGACACCCGGCGGUUCAGGUCGCUUCGGGAGCGGUGGUUGGGGUGGGGCAGGGCGGGCGGCGGGCGCUGCCAGGGGUGAGUGGUUGAGGGGCGUGAUGGGCGAGGCGGCCGUGGCCGCAGGGCCUUGCCCGCUGCGCGAGGAUAGCUUCACGCGCUUCUCGUCGCAGAGCAAUGUGUACGGGCUAGCGGGCGGCGCGGGCGGGCGCGGGGAGCUGCUGGCCGCCACCCUUAAAGGCAAGGUGCUGGGCUUCCGCUACCAAGACCUCCGACAGAAAAUCCGGCCCGUGGCCAAGGAGCUGCAGUUCAACUACAUUCCCGUGGACGCGGAGAUUGUCUCCAUCGACACCUUCAACAAGUCACCCCCAAAGCGGGGCCUGGUGGUGGGGAUCACGUUCAUCAAGGAUUCAGGGGACAAGGGCAGCCCCUUCCUGAACAUUUACUGCGACUACGAGCCUGGCUCUGAGUACAACCUUGACUCCAUAGCCCAGAGCUGCCUGAACCUGGAGCUUCAGUUCACUCCUUUCCAGCUGUGCCAUGCAGAGGUCCAGGUCGGGAAUCAACUGGAGACAGUGUUUCUCCUGAGUGGGAAUGACCCGGCCAUUCAUCUGUACAAGGAGAACGAGGGGCUGCAUCAGUUUGAAGAACAGCCCGUGGAAAACCUCUUCCCAGAGCUCACAAACCUGACCAGUAGCGUCCUCUGGCUUGACGUCCACAACCUUCCCGGCACGUCCCGGCGACUCUCCGCCCUCGGCUGUCAGAGUGGAUAUGUCCGAGUUGCCCACGUGGACCAGCGAAGCCAAGAGGUCCUGCAGACAUGGACGAUCCUGCAGGAUGGCCCCAUCUCCCGAGUGAUCGUGUUCAGCCUCUCGGCCCCCGAGGAGACCGGGGACCAGCCACAGCGGGAAGAGUACGGUGUGCUUGUAGCCAGCAUGUUGGAACCUGCAGUGGUGUAUCGGGACCUGCUGAGCCGGGGCCUCGAGGACCAGCUUCUCCUGCCCGGCAGUGACCAGUUUGACAGCGUCCUCUGUGGCCUGGUCACCGAUGUGGACCUGGAUGGGCGGCCCGAAGUCCUGGUGGCCACCUACGGGCAGGAGCUGCUCUGUUACAAGUACUUCGGCCCAGAGUCCGGGCUCCCUGAGGCUGAGCGCGGAUUCCGCCUGCUGUGGCAGCGAGGCUUCUCCAGCCCGCUGCUGGCCAUGGCGCACGUGGACCUGACCGGGGACGGGCUGCAGGAGCUCGCCGUGGUCUCCCUGAAGGGCGUGCACAUCCUGCAGCACAGCCUGGUCCAGGCAUCGGAGCUGGUCCUGACCCGCCUUCGGCAUCAAGUACAGCAGAGGAUACAUCAGUCGCAGAGGCCUGGGGACAGGGCUGGUCUGGGGCCCGCUGAGACCUCGGCCUCCUGA